UCGUGUAGGUGGUUGACGUCGGUUUGUUGUCUGAUUAUCAAAAAAAUGAUGACCUCGUCGGAAACGUCGGAGAUGGAGAAUCCAGGAGACGAGAAGGGCGCCGAGGACUCAGCGAUCUUGGAGGUGAGCUCUAUGGCAGUGGGCGGAAUUGUGAAGCAAGAGAAUCGCGACGUCGAUUACCUGUCCAACUGCAGCACUUCCAUCGAGGGAUCCGUGGUUGCGUCUCCUUCUAUCGAUAGCUUCUCUACUCUGCCGGAUCAAGAGAUAUCAGACUUCCAGAUAGAUUCGCGAGAUUUGCAAGUGAAAGUAGACAAUCCGCAGAAACACCUGGAAACUCUGGAGACCUAUAUCACAUUUCGUAUAACGACUAGGACUACACGUCUAGAGUUUGAGGAAGGAGAAUAUGUAGUUCGCAGGCGAUACAAUGACUUCAUUUGGCUGCGCCAGAAAUUAGUGGAUUCUUAUCCAACACAUAUUAUACCACCAAUGCCAGGUAAGCAUACGUUGCUCGCCCAACUGGACCGUUAUUCCAAAGAAUUUAUCAUAGCGCGUAUGAAGCUUUUGCAUAUAUUCCUAAAUAGAGUCGUGAAUCAUCCUAUUCUGAGUUGUGACAAAAAUCUCCAUAUUUUUCUGACAACAAAACCUUCGGAAUUUCUCGUUCAUCGCAAAAAUCGCGGGAAUGUGCUCGGAAAAGUGACAGAUUCUUUGCAAAAUAUAGCAAGUACUUAUACGAUGAAGCAACGUCACUUAGAGUUCGAACAGAUUCGGGACUAUUGUACAGCAUUGGGUGAAAAGCUGUCGGCCAUAGAUAAAAUUAAUCAUCGCAUACAUAAAGAGAGGCAAGAUUAUUUAUUGGAGCUUCAUCAACUGCAUCCCAUAUUCACACUGUGGGCAACUUCAGAACCAGAACUCACACCCAUUUUAUUAGCAAUCGCUAAAGCGGUAGAAGCAAACGCAAUGGCUCAUCAGAAACUUCUGGAAAACGUUCCUAACGACGAACGCGAGUAUGUUUCAUACAUUGAAGCGGUCAAGAAUGCAUUGUCCCGCCGUGAUUCGAUGCAGAUUGAAUAUGAGAUAACAAUCGAUGUAUUGGCUAAAAGAAGAUUAGAAAAGGAUCAGUUGGUAGGAAAUACAAAUUACACGAUUCCGGCACAAGGCUGGGGCGGAUCCCUAUGGAAAGCGGAAUCUCGCGACGAAAAAUUGGAAAGACUCGGUCAAGCUAUUCCACGAUUAGCCAAACAAGCGGAGAUACUACAGGAUCGCGUGGAGUGCGCGAAUGAAAAUCUGCGAAGCGAUUUUCAGAGGUGGAACGUGGAGAAGCAGCAAGAUCUGAAGAACAUGCUGAUCACGAUGACUGAUCGACAUAUCAGACAUUAUCAACAGUGCAUGAACGCGUGGGAGGAAAUUCUUACCGGUCUUAAGUUGGACGGAAUUGGAUCUGACGUUAACGUAGGGCCGCCUGUUAAGAUACCCGUUUGAACCGCUAGUCUUUUCGCCACUCAAAAAGGACAUAGAAUAAAUAUUCGUUAUAUAUACGAAGGUAAUACACCAGUUUAAAAGAAUCUCUAUUAAAUAAUGACACAAAGUUUAUUAUAAUCUAUAAAAUGAUCUAUCAUCAGUUUCGAUAUCAUUGCUUUUAAAAUUGAAUCGUCAUUUUUCGAAAAAGAAAAAUUAUGCAGUACUUGCGACAUGACGCACGCAUUUAAUGACGAUGAAAGUUGCAUUUAAUGCACAUUAUAAUACGCUAAUAUCAAAACUCUAAAAUUCUGCAAAAAUUCGCCUUUAUGAUACAAUAACCUUGUGAAUUAAGUAUAAUGCAUUUGGUCCUACACGCAUGCAGGACAUGUUUCGGUAUAUAUCAUGUACAAGAAAACAAUUUUCUUGUACAUCUUGACGUUCUUUUUUUUUUAGAGGUUUAGAUCAUCAAUUAGUUUUGGGGACCAAAAUAUAUCAAGACAAUUAUCACGCCUUUCCCUUCGCUCUCUCUUUCUUACUUUGAAUCACAUUACAAUACAUUUAUUGACAAUCAGUUUUGUCAUCUAUAUCUACUAGUUACCAAAGUACAGUAGUUACCAUGAUAGCGUAGACAGCGUCAAUGUAUAGUAUAUAGCACUGGUAAAUUUUACAAAUCGGAGCAAAACGCUUGCGAGAACUUCGUUGUUAAUUAGUACCUUUAAUCUAAGUUAUAAACGAGUCGCACCGCCCUGAAUCGAUUUUGCUUAGCAGCAAGUAAAAAAAAAGAUGUAGCAAGAAUCCUAUAUGGCUUACACAUUCCUUUGUAUAUCCGUUAUUUAUGCUCGAAAGGGAAGAUACUCUUUGCUGCUCACAGUAUUGUUAAUAAUGCGGAGUACAUUUCUCUACAUUAUACGCCGCGACUCGGCGAGUUGGCAAAAAUGGCGGAGUUUGUAUCAAUAAAUA